GUGAAUACACUCUUAACGAAUGAUUUCAAUUGUGUAAAGUCAACUUAUUUAAAUACAUUUUGUCGCAAGUUAUUUGUUAUAAAUACUUUCAAAGUAGCUACGUUUGAUCUCUAAACGUUUAUACGUCAACGGAUGCAAGUGUUGAUCUUUUGUCUCAGACAAGUGGACUAUGUGGAUAAGAUUACGAAGAUCAUUGAAUGGAUUUUAUAACCGCGUUGACCCACUUAUAGUCCGGUGUAUUGGACACAAGCGGUUGUACACAUUUCAUUCUCCUGGUGUGGCUGAAUGCAUCCCAGCCAUACCUACAGACUACAGACUCACUGUGCAGGAAUGUGUCACGUUAUGGACAAGACAUUUCCAGCUGCGAGGUGUCUCAGAACCACGUCUGUCCAGCCAAUAUAUCAUUGCACAUUUGCUGGGCGUUAAAACAUUAGAGAGCCUUGGGCAGGACAGACUGGCUGAAUUCCUGACACACAAACAGAUGGAGCAGACAUGGAAGCUCUGUACCAGACGUCUUACCAGAAUGCCGGUGCAGUAUGUGAUUGAAGAGUGGGAUUUUCGAGAUCUGACCCUUAAGAUGAGUCCUCCGGUGUUCAUUCCUCGACCUGAAACUGAGGAGCUGGUUGGCCUAAUGCUUGCAGAUCUCCAAGUGAAGCAGGGGACUGGAGUUAGUGAGGAGGCCAAUCUUCGAUGCCUUGAAGUGGGCUGUGGCACUGGUGCCAUCUCCCUCAGUUUGCUUAACUCCCUUCCACAGCUCAGAGCGAUCGCUUUGGAUAAAAACAAAGAUGCUGUGGAACUCACAGUGGAAAACGCACAUAGUUUGGGGCUCCAGGACCGACUCGAGGUUCACCAUAUGGAUGUAAUAAGAGAUGCAGACAUGAUUGUGAGAAUGUGCAGUCCGGUCUCAGUUUUAGUCAGCAACCCUCCGUACCUGUUCUCGGAGGAUAUGGCAUCUCUGGAUCCUGAAGUCCAUAAGUUUGAGGAUCAUGAUGCUUUGGAUGGAGGUGUUGAUGGAAUGCAGGUGAUAAGACACAUUCUAACCCUGGCUCCACAGCUCCUGUCGAAUAACGGUCGUGUGUACUUGGAAGUUGACCCACGUCAUCCACCGUUCAUUCAGCUGUGGGCAGAGGGCGGUGAACGAGGGCUACGCUACGUCCACACACACCACGAUUUCACCGGCAGGCCUCGGUUCUGCGUCCUUGAAAAUGACAACGCGACAUAUAUCAAGACUAGGACCAGCAUUUAGAGACCGCCUGAGAUCUGGAUCCUGUUUCCGUGGCCCCUGGCCGACCUACCAGAGCCCCAACACCUCCAUCCCCCCGCCCCGUACGCAUGCGUACCAGUCCCCCCCAUAAAAGUUCAAACUCACAAACCCCAACAAACAUAUAUUGUAUAUAAAUUUUUACCUGGGGACAUUAAUGUGGCUGCUAAUGUGUGUUUGUGUGGCAAUAAGAGUAAAUGGUAGGGAGGGAGGGAGGGAGGGAGAGAGAGAGGGGGAGAGAGAGAGAGAGAGAGCACUAGGCUGAAGGUAAUUACUGAGAGGCUUUACUUAGAAUCCUCCCUCUUAGAAUUUCACCCUCCCAGGAAACGUGCAAUAGUUCUGCGAAUCGACUGAUUCCCCCUCCUCCCACUGACUCGCCCGCUGACUCAGAUUCCCCUCUUACACAAAAACACAUUGGAUCCAGCCCUCCUCUGAGUGCCUCGGCCACCUCCUAGAUCCUGCUGUACACGUAGUUUGCCGUGAGUGAGUGUGAGGCUCGGCCCGCCGUCUGUUAUGAAGGUAACCUCGGAUGUUGACUUACAAACCCAGAGUGGGCACACUACACCAUGCAACCCACUGGGGUUUCCCUCUGCACAGUCAGGCCUAUAGAGUUUCUUCUGGAAUUCGAAACACGA